GACUUAUCUUAGGCACGCCGUCAAAUUCGUCAGUAACGCGCGAGCGUCGGUGGUGAAUUAACAAGCGCAUGGAAGAGUGCAACUCGAGUACAACAUAAAGAUUAACCCGUUUGAAAAUGUGGUCAUUAAUACUCGUAACGACCUUGGCAUUAGGUAGCGCUGUGUCGAAGACGGUUAAUUUACCGAGUAACAAUACGGAAUGGCGGUACGGUUUCGAAGUUGACUACGAGAACAAUCAAUUUUUAUUGGAUGGGAAACCCUUCCGAUAUGUUUCCGGUAGUUUUCAUUACUUUCGAGCGCCUAGACAAUACUGGAGGGAUCGUUUAAGGAAAAUGCGAGCCGCGGGACUUAACGCUGUUUCCACUUAUGUUGAAUGGAGCCUUCAUGAACCAGAGCCGGGUCAAUUUAAUUGGGCUGGCGACGCAGAUCUAGUAAACUUCUUAAAUAUUGCACAAGAGGAAGACUUGCUCGUGUUAUUGCGACCGGGUCCUUAUAUAUGCGCGGAAAGAGACUUGGGUGGUUUACCAUAUUGGUUGCUUCGCGAAGUACCGGAUAUUAAGUUACGCACAAAAGACGUAGAUUUCAUGAAAUAUGCCACAUCAUAUCUAAAUCAAGUAUUGGAAAAAGUAAAGCCACUUUUAAGGGGUAAUGGAGGACCAAUAAUUAUGGUUCAGGUAGAAAACGAAUACGGAAGUUACAAUGCUUGCGAUACAGAGUACAUGGACCUGUUAAAAGAAGUUUUCGUCAGAAAAAUUAGCAAUAAAGCUCUUCUGUAUACGACUGACGGUGCAUCCGUAUCGUAUCUUCGAUGCGGAUUCGUACCCGGUGCAUACGCCACGGUUGAUUUUGGAACGUCCAGCAAUGUGUCCGCCAGCUUUCUAUCUAUGCGCCUUUAUCAGCCAAGAGGCCCGUUGGUGAAUUCUGAGUUCUAUCCGGGUUGGCUAACGCAUUGGGGAGAAGCCUUCCAGAGGGUAAAAACGGGAGCUGUUACAAAGACGUUGAGAGAAAUGCUUGAUAUAGGCGCUUCCGUUAACUUUUACAUGUUUUAUGGGGGUACAAACUUCGGUUUCACCUCUGGAGCUAACGGUGGGGCAGGUGUGUACAAUCCACAAUUGACUUCGUACGAUUACGAUGCUCCCUUGACCGAGGCCGGAGAUCCGACAGACAAAUACUUUGCUAUAAGGGACGUCAUCGGUGACUAUCUGUCGUUGCCAAACAUGUCCCUCCCAACCGUAUCUCCGAAAGGUAAUUAUGGUCCAGUGUUAUUGGAACCAGUACAGAAGUUGCUCGACAGUCGAUCUCCGUUCGCGGCGAUCCGGGCGACCGGGGACCUGCCUGAAACCUUCGAGGCCCUUUCUGUGAAUCAAGGAUUUGUUCUUUAUGAGACGAACUUGCCGCCACCCACCUCGGACCCGGUCAUACUGCGAGCAAUGACGAAGGACAGGGGACUAGUUUACGUGGACAGUCAACUAUGCGGCACUCUGAGUCGCAUAGAUAAGAUAUUUACUAUACCACUGGAGAGCCCUUACGGCCGCCACUUGGGUCUCUUGGUAGAGAACCAAGGUCGCUUGAAUUUCGGCAAUGAAAUUCGCGAUUUCAAGGGAAUAUCAAACGUGACUGUCAACGACGUUCCGCUGAUCGGCUGGAAUAUGACGGGGUACACGUUCUCCGACGUAUCCUCCCUCCGGAACCUGACAGCUAUGCCCAUUGAGAGUGGUACUCUGAGCAGCGGCCCGGUGUUCCUGCGUGGACGAUUCACGGUCCCCGAGCAACCGUUGGACACGUUUCUGGAUACCACCGGCUGGGGAAAGGGAGUAGCCUUCGUGAACGGUCACAAUCUCGGGAGAUACUGGCCAUUGGUGGGCCCGCAAAUUACCCUGUACGUUCCAGCUCCGUAUCUACGCACGGGCGAGAACGAGUUGAUCAUAUUGGAAUUGGAGUACGUGUCGCAAACGAGAAAGAUGAAGUUCCAAACCGUACCGAAUCUGGGUACGAUGAGUGUAACUCAGAGCUUGGGUAAUUAAGCACGACUGUAAAAGUACUGGAUCAUGUACGCUUUCUUGUUUUUAGUACAAAAAUAAUAGAAUGUAUCUUGAAAUGUC